AUGGCGUGAAUGAGUGAAUGCAUUGAAAGCAUUGAGCGUUUGUUUCACUGUUUCAGUGGUUUCUCAACCAAAAAGUCAAUACAAACGACAAACCAAUGAAUCCAUGGUUUAGUCAAUGAUUGUAUUUCGCGAAAGUAUUUCUCAUUGAAUGGUCGCAUAAAUACAUUGAAUUGAGACAUGAAUUAUCCGAAACCACCCGAAGACGACGAGCUGAAGACUAUAAUCGACAAAUUGGCUCAAUUCGUGGCACGUAAUGGACCGGAGUUUGAGCAGAUGACCAAGAACAAGCAGAGGGAUAAUCCCAGAUUCUACUUCCUCUUUGGCGGCCAAUACUUCCAGUACUAUCAGUACAGAGUGUCUGCUGAACAGCAUCAGCACCAUCAGCAACAACAGCAACAGCUCAUCGGUGGUCAACNCAACCUGAGGGUCGGCAAGAACCUGAACCUGAACUUCAGCUGCAACGACGUGGCCUGGAAUGAAGUCGAUGACCACGUGUUGGCCUCCGCGGCCAUGAAUGGGGCGGUCGUCACCUGGAAUCUCCAGAAGCAGUCCAGAGCUAAGUUGGAUGUGGUGUUCAACGACCACAGGAGGACCGUUAAUAAGGUGUGUUUCCACCCGUCGGAGGCGCACCUACUGCUCAGCGGUUCCCAAGACGGGUGUAUGAAGUUGUUUGACCUCCGGUGCAAAGAGGCCACGAGUACUUUCAUCAGCAACUCCGAGAGCGUUAGGGACGUCCAGUUCGCACCCUCUCAGGGCUCGUACUUUCAGUUCGCGUCCGUUCAGGAGACGGGAAAUGUGGAGAUUUGGGACAUCCGUCGAAGUGAUCGCUCGGACACUAACUUCAUAGCACACGGAGGGCCGGUGUUUGCGUGCGAUUGGCACCCGAACCCUGAGAAGCACAAGUGGUUGGCCACCGCCGGUCGCGACAAAACCAUUAAAGUGUGGGAUCUCUCGGAUCCCAAUAAACCUCAGACUCUAUACACCGUUCAGACGAUUGCUUCGGUUUCGCGCAUUAAGUGGCGUCCGAAGAGAGACUACCAGAUCGCCAGCUGUUCUCUUGUGGUGGACUUUGGGAUCAAUGUGUGGGAUAUAAAGCGUCCGUACGUUCCGUCGGCUAUAUUCCAGGAGCACAAGGACGUGACGACAGGGUUCGCCUGGAAGAACGACCCGCACGUCCUCCUGUCCACCAGCAAAGACGGAACCCUUUGUGAGAACUUGUUUGAGACGGCAUACUGUCCGGCCCAUCACUACAACCCAAUGGGACUCUCGAUAAACCCUUUCGGAGACGUGGCGUUCGCUGCGAGUGAUGUUAUCCUCAGAAAUACUCAGAACUAUUCGGGCAAAGAGUUAGUUAAAGCCCACUCAUUGGGUCCAAACAGUAUCAUAAACAGUGGUGGUAUAAUCAAUCUCAUCACUACUGUCCCUUCACUUACCAACUAUUCAAGCGGUCGCUUGUUUUCAGUGUUUAGAAAACCUGCCGAUCUGUCCGAGCAGUUCAGAAAUGCCGUCAGUUCUCUCAUGCUAUACAAGUGUCCAAACAUUGACUUGAGUGACAACCUGUCCAUGGAUUGGUUCGUGAGUUCCGCCAAAAGGUAUCAAUUGAACGGCAAGUCUAUCGAAGAGUUGUGUGAAUACAACGCCGAAGUGUCGGCACAACUCAACAGGACUCAAGUCUCGCAGACCUGGAAAAUACUGUUACAGAUGUUCAACACGAACGUGAGGUUACCCACACUCAGUGGAAGUGCUAACACCAACUCGAUUACUGUGGGAACCAUUACUGACUUGAUUCACGAGAAGAGUGAUCCAAACAAUCCGAGCCGACACACCAGCGGUAGUACUGGUAGACACUUAAGUGGCGGUAAAACCAAAGACCAAUUGAAUGCGAACGACACGUCUGGCAAUGAGGAGGAGUCGGACUUAAGUGAUAUAAUAGAGAGCAAUAGUCUUCCGAAACCCAAACGCGUCUCUCAGCCGACGCCUAAAAAGCAAUUUCCCGGAGAAUUCUUUUUCAGCGAAAACGACUCGUUAUCCCAAUCGGGCUUUGAAUUGAGUCAAUCCAACACAUUGACUGAUGCCAUGUCUGGCCAACAGGACUGGGAUCUACCGAGAGAGGCAUUCUUUCCGCGACACCCAAUACAGGACUGUUCUCUGCCUCCAGAGAUAACCGACGCCAACAACGAUCCGAGUUCUCCGACCAGCUUUGAAGAGGAGGACGAAGUACUCAAUCCAAUGAACUUCAUGUCCAUUAGUGAUAGUGAUUCUCAUUCGCACUCUUUGUUGUCAUCGAAAGCGCCGCCAAACCCUGUCUGGCCCUACACUGGUUUGGUGGCAGAAAUGCUGCACUUCUACGCCUCUCAGGGAGACGUCCAGACGUCGGUCUCAGUACUGCUCGUAUUGGGAGACAAAAUGAAAACAGCGAUCGAUGUGUCGGUCCAACAACAGUGGUAUCAGUCAUACAUAGAUCUCUUGAGCCGUUUUGAACUGUGGAGUGUCGCCAAUAAAGUGAUCCGUUUAUGUCCGCAUCCGUACAUAAAUACAUUGAACCAGUCGUCGACCACUUUGUACACGACGUGUGGUUUGUGCCGAAAGGCCCUCAACUCGAAGGUCAGUUGGCUGUGCGAGCGCUGUAAGACUGAGCCGUCCAACUGCUCCAUAUGUCAUGUGGCGGUCACCGGACUCUACGUCUGGUGUCAGGGCUGCGCACACGGAGGACAUCUGCAACACAUUCAGGAGUGGUUGGCAAACAACACCCUCUGUCCGGCCGGUUGUGGCCAUCACUGCGAAUAUACUUAA